CUUAAACCCUUCCUUCCAAAUUUCUCUCAGAAUCAAUGUCAACUUCCUGCAUUCAUAUUUAAAUCAAUUAUACAUUCAAUUGCUUCUGUUUGAGCUCAAUCGAUUUCAUCAAUGGGCAGUUUUGAUCCAGAAGAGCUGGAGAGGGGCGCCAAGGCGCUUAGGGAAAUCAAUAACUCUCCUCAUGCCAAACAGGUUUUUGAGGUUAUGAGGAAGCAGGAGCAGACGCGGCUGGCGGAGUUGGAAGCUGAGAAGGCUAAUUAUGAGGCUAUUCAAGCACAUGGCGAUAUUGAGAAGCAGCGAAUGUGGGCUGAAGAGCAAAGGAAUCUAUAUCAGCAGCAGGGGCAAGGUAAGGCACAAAUGAUGAAAUACGAAGAUGAAUUGACUCACAAAAGAAUGCGG